UUUCACUUACCAACUACCAUAUCAUUUUAAUUCCCAUGCGUAUUUUCUCCUCAUUAGUGGGUGCUUCUCUAUGCACACUCACGCUUGCUCGCGCUUCCUCGUAUUACGGGGAUUUUGUUUUGAAUCAAGAUAAUUUUCCUUUCUGUUUUUCAACAUCGGAUCUCGUGAGAGUCAGUCUUCAGCCUUUGCACACGCAAAAUCAAACCAUUGCAAUUGGACUUGUUGAUGCUGAUUAUUUUUAUGACGGGUCUCGGCAAAUCGCCGAGAAGUUCGCAAGACUGGACAGCAGUGAUUUCGAAAAUCUCCGUAGAGGAGACUUUAUGGUAAAGGAAAACAUGAAAUUAGGCAUUCUUUCUCCAUUCACUGGCUUUGAGGGUUUGUCUGGAACCAAGUACUGCCUUCUGGCGCGCUCAAUGGACGAACAUUCCUCUGGUGAGUUCAGUAUCCGUGCCCUCACCCAUCAAUUACGGACUUUCACACCUGCUGCUGUUGUCUACGCUUUUGUUACUGCUCUCUUCUCACUCUUUACUGGAAUCUGGCUGUUCUUGUGUGUGAAAAGAAGACGUUCUAUACUCCCCGUUCACUGGUCUAUGUUCACAGUCCUUUCUUUGGAUGUAUUGCUUCUGUUUACCACCUUGCUGGACAACACUAGCUUUGGAGAUCCCCUUAACUCUGACUGGCCUUCCACGGUGAACGUUAUAACAAGAGAUAUCCGGACGAUUGCUUACCCAUUCACACUCUUUUGUCUCGGCGGAGGAUUCGGAAUCACUGGCCCGUCCACUAGCAAGACUCUUUGCCGUGUCAGCGCUGCCGUGUUUUUGUUCUUGGUUCUCGAAAUUGUUGGCAAUAAUGUGUAUAUGCUUGGACAUAAUCUCGCCUUUGGCAUCUCUGGGUUCCUCAGAGAGAACAGUGAUGGUAUUGUGUAUGGUCUCGCAGGCAUUUUCUUGUACAAGAGACUCGUGCAAGUUUCCACUGACAAGGACGUAUACAAAACUCGAGUGUAUCGCACGGUACUUGCUAUCGUGCUUGUCAAUUCGUUCGCACCCGCCCUCAUUUGCUGCAUUAUUCAUUACGGCUUCUUCCCUGAUGAGUCAGUGUUGACGGUAAUUCGUUUCCUUCUUCCUCUUAUUUUUGAUAUCAUCCUCGCAUACCCUCUUCUUCCUACUGGCCAAAACGUUGUGAAGCUCGCUUUGGAAGGUCAACCCAUUACUAUGUGAACGAAAUGUUCAAGUAUUUCGGGACAUGUUUAGGAGUACUUUAUGAUAUCUUCUACUGCGUCCUUCAAGGACAAUUGUUCAAUUUGUCAUUGUAUUCUUUGUCUCCAAGUAUGACAGUGCUUCAAACUGUUUUUUUUUAGUUAUCUGAACCAAAAGCAACUGAUGUUGUUUACGGGGCUUGCUUCCUGUUUAUUUCCAACUCAGUUCGCCUGUCUGCAUCUUCUUUUGUAGUUCUUCCAUUUAUUUAUUGCUCUUUGCUUAUUUGAUUUAUUGAAUCUUUUUUAUAUCAUCGCAUUUAAUAUCACUACUGCGGUAAAGCCACUCAACUCUCAGGUAUAUGUCAGAGAACUGCUGCUU